CUCUCUCGCUUUCUCGACCGUCGUUCCUUCCUUUUCACUCCUCGGCGGAACACCGUUCACGUACGUCUUCCACGGCCAUCCAAUGAAAUUCUAUAAGAUUGCAUAGAGAGGAAUAAUACAAUCUGAUAAUAAAAACAAAAAGUACACAGUUGGCGAAAUUAUGGCGAAUAUCAAUAAGGAAUAUGGAAAAUUAACAGAAAUAAGUGUUCAUUUUACGGAGGAAACAUUAAAGCAGAUACUACAUAUCGUAGAUAAUGGAAAAGAAGUAAAUGUAUUAAGCUGGGAUUUUGAUGGAACAAGUAGCAAAGGUGACAACUAUUUGUCAACCAUUUAUAAAAUAAAAGUCAUUGGUACUGUAGAUGGAAAAGAAAUAGAAGUUGGUUUAGUGGUCAAAAGUCUACCAAAGAAUGUAGGCAGAAGGAAAACAUAUAGGAGCGCAGAGUUUUUCAGCAAUGAGAUUAUGUUUUAUACAAAGAUAAUUCCACAAUUUGAUAUAUUUGUGAAAGAAAAGCAUCAAGCACAAAUGUUAUGCAUUCCCCGUCAUUUUGCUUCUGUUAUGGAUGGUGAAAAUGAUUUUGUAGCAUUGGAAAAUGUUACUUUUUUGGGAUAUGGACCAAUAGCUAGACAAACUUCCUUAAAUGAAGCACAAUUCAAGAUAAUUUUGAAAGGUUUAGCAAGAUUUCAUGCAAUUUCUUUUGCAUUUAAAGAUCAGAAGCCAGAUAAAUUUAAGGAAAUUGUAGGAUAUUUGCAUGAAACAUACUAUAGUGAUAAUCAUUGGAAUUGGUACAAAAGAUUCCAUGAGAAAAUAGUAGAUAUUACAAAAAAUGCUUUAGCUAGAGAAUAUCCUAAUAGUGAAGCAGAAAAAAAGUUCAAGCCAUAUAAAGCUGAAGACUUGUUUCAAAAAGCAAUCAAAUUGUGCAAUCGUAAAUAUCAAUCAACAUCUGUUGUUAGUCAAGGUGAUUCAUGGCUUCCAAAUUAUAUGGUUCGGGAAGCUACUAAUGAAAUUAUGAUACUUGAUUUUCAAUUGGCAAGAUGUGCCAGUCCAGUUUUGGAUCUCUCAACUUCUUUUUAUUCUUGCACUGAGAAACCUCUUUGGGAUGAAAAAUUCGAUACAUUUUUAAAAUAUUAUUACAAUGAAUUAUCCAAGAACAUUACUUUACUUGGAUCUAAUCCUGAAAAUGUGUAUUCAUGGAGCACGUUUAUGAAGGAGACAAAAGAACAAUUUGUAUUUGGUAUGAUAUUUGCAAUGGAAAUAAUUCCAAUGAUUUUAGUGGAUGAUACUGAUGUAUUUGACUUAGAUAAUAUAGAAGAUGAUAGUGGAGUAGACAUAGCUGAUAUAUGGACAGUGUCAUAUAUCGAGACAAAAGAAGGAAGGCGUAGACUGGCUAAUAUUGUUGUACAUGCUGUUGAAAAAGGAUUUUUAUAAUCAUACAGACAAGUAUAUUUUAUACAUAAUGUUUAUUAAAUGUGUAGCAUUAAAUAAAAUAGAGACAAUCUGUA